AUGGACAGCUUUUUCCGUCGUCACUUUAAGAGGAAGGAGCCGGGCACUAGGGCAGAGUCUGGGGAUGGUUCUGAGGUCUGUCGGCCAAGGAGACCUAGCGUCGCGUUGCCAACCAGCCGAGCCCGUCGGCGGUCGAGCGUGGGCUUACCUUCCGCCGCUCUGGCCCAGAGGAGACGCUCAAGCGUGCACAUGCAGGCAGCCGUCCCACAUGUCGGGGGGCGCUGCCCUGGAAUUGGUCAAACAUCAAAGAGCAGCAGUGGCAGGCGUCGUUCUAGCACUACCACUCCCAGCGUUAACCCACGCUUUGCUGUGCGACGCCGAAAGGCUGGUAAGCUUCGCACCAUUGACACCCAUCUGCUAGGACCAUCCAUGCUGCUGGCAAGCCUUAUCCAGAUGACAGAGGAAGAUGAGGGAGGCGGUGCCACAGCUGGAGAGCGGCAGGUGGAGCUCAGGGGUAGUGACGUAGGAGGCACCAAGUCUCAUUCCUGUUCUUCCGCACUGCUCUCAGAAGGUGAUAGUGACAGUGACAGUUUGAGCUCUGACACCAACUCAGAUGACAGCCUUCCCUUGGAUCAUCUGAAUGAGAUUGAAGUGUCAGACAGGGAGUUUGAGGACACCUCUCUCUGGAGGCGACGGCAGGACACCACUCCUCUAGAGGCUGUGGUAGAGUGUGUCCAGACCCAUCCGCUCAUUCGCCCCCCCCGCUGCCUUCGCCGAAAUUCCUCACACCUCUCAGCCAUUGACGCCGCCCCUCAUGGACGUUACUGUCGCAGCAGCCAGAGGCGCAAAAGGAGGCGUGUGUCCACCGUGUCCAAAGCAGGCAGCCCUUGGCCAGGUCGAGGACUGCCCCUGCCUAGCAGACGGAGCUCCACCUGCUGGAGGGCCCACAGCACCCUCAACCCCAUCCUGGGGGCGCACUAUGACCCUACACUGGAGUCAUGGAGCGGGUUCCUCUCAAAAGCUAUUGCCAAAUCUAACCUGCAGCAUAUGACAGCCCAUUCCAGCGUUUCAGCCCCGACUAAGUGUGAGAUUAAAAAGAUCUGCAGCAGCAUUGACUGGACUGAGAAUGCUCAGUUUGGCCAGCAUGUCUGGUUUGAAACAAGUCCUUCCGGAGAUUUCUGCUAUGUUGGAGAGCAUUAUUGCUUUGCCAAAUCAAUGCAAAAAUCAGUCUCACGGUAUAAAUGUGCAAGCUGUAAAAUUUCUGUCCACUCAACAUGUAUGGAGCAGCUAGAAAAGAUGAACUUCAGGUGUAAACCAUCAUUCAGAGAUCCCACAUUAAGGAACGUUCGAGAGCCCACCACCGUGAGGCACCACUGGGUACACAGAAGACGUCAGGAUGGGAAGUGUCGACACUGUGGAAAGGGUUUUCAGCAAAAAUUCUCCUUCCACAGUAAAGAGAUAGUGGCCAUUAGCUGCUCUUGGUGUAAGCAAGCAUAUCACAAUAAGGUGACGUGCUUCAUGCUGCAGCAGAUUGAAGAGCCCUGUUCUCUUGGUGUUCAUGCUGCUGUCAUCAUACCCCCCACGUGGAUUAUUCGAGUUCGGAGACAGCAGGUGUCAUUGAAAUCUAGCAAGAGGAAGAAGCGAACCUCUUUGAAAGCCAAAACAAACAAAAAGGGAGUGGAGGAUGGCAAAUGGAAGCAUUUUGUUGUGAAACCAAUUCCCUCACCACUCAUGAAACCACUAAUUGUGUUUGUCAACCCAAAGAGUGGUGGUAAUCAGGGAACAAAGAUUAUCCGAUCUUUCAUGUGGUACCUGAACCCUCGCCAAGUUUUCGAUCUAACUCAGGGUGGACCUAAAGAGGGGUUAGAAAUGUACCGCAAAGUGCCAAAUCUGCGAAUCCUGGCCUGUGGUGGGGAUGGAACUGUUGGUUGGAUUCUCUCUGUCUUGGAUGAACUGCAGUUAAACCCACAGCCUGCAGUGGCUGUUCUCCCACUGGGAACAGGGAAUGACCUUGCCAGAACACUCAACUGGGGUGGGGGUUAUACAGAUGAGCCUGUGUCAAAAAUCCUCUCGCAUGUGGAAGAUGGAAACAUCGUACAGCUGGAUCGCUGGAACCUUGACGUAAAGCCCAACCCUGAGGUUUCUCAGGAGGAGAAGGACGAGCACCAGACAGACAAGCUUCCCAUUGACGUCUUCAACAACUACUUCAGUCUUGGUUUUGAUGCUCAUGUAACCUUGGAGUUCCAUGAAUCUCGAGAGGCAAACCCAGAAAAAUUCAACAGUCGCUUCCGGAACAAAAUGUUCUAUGCAGGGACAGCCUUCUCUGACUUCCUCAUGGGGAGCUCCAAAGAUCUAUCCAAGCACAUCAAAGUUGUGUGUGAUGGCACAGAUCUUACCAGCAAAAUUCAGGACCUGAAGCUACAGUGUCUUCUUUUCUUGAAUAUUCCAAGGUAUUGUGCUGGAACCAUGCCUUGGGGUAAUCCAAGUGAGCACCAUGAGUUUGAGCCCCAAAGACAUGAUGAUGGGUGUAUUGAAGUCAUCGGAUUCACCAUGACCUCCUUGGCUACCCUGCAGGUUGGGGGUCACGGAGAAAGGUUGAACCAGUGCCAUGAAGUGACCCUCACCACCUACAAGCCCAUUCCAAUGCAGGUAGAUGGUGAGCCCUGCAAACUGGCCCCUUCCAUCAUCCACAUCAAUCUGAGGAAUCAAGCCAACAUGGUUCAGAAGACUAAGAGACGUAUCUCCCUACCACCAAUGACUGACCAGCAGCACCUCCCUGAGAAGCUCCAGAUUCGGGUGAGUCGCAUCAGUAUGCACGACUAUGAGGCGCUGCACUAUGAUAAAGACCAGCUGAAGGAGGCCGCAAUCCCACUGGGCAUCAUUACUGUGCCAAGUGACAGUGAUUUAGAGACUUGCCGUGUUCACAUUGAGAGGUUACUGGAAGGUGAUGAGGAGGAUGGAGAGAAGCCAGACAUAUUGCAGAUUCAAAAACUUUCCCCAAAAUGGUGCUUCUUGGACUCGACCACAGCAGAUCGAUUCUACAGAAUAGACCGUGCACAGGAGCACUUGAACUACGUCACAGAGAUAUCCCAAGAGGAGCUGUUCAUUUUAGACCCAGAGCUGGUUACCAAAGAGACGGUAGGCACUUCACCCGGAAUGCCCAGUCUAAUGGAGUCUGCAGGGGAAAAUUCAAAUGCCUCACCUACUGAGCACAGGAUGGCUGAAGCAGAGGGCGCAGGCUUGAAGGAUUGUGUGUCCACUGAGUGCUUGAUUCCGUGGGACGCUGCAGAGAGAUCCCCAAAGUCUGGCCUGUGCAGGUUAGAUGGCUCUGACGGGAGUGGCUCAGAUGAAGAAGUGACAAAGAUGCUCAUUGAGUGUGUCAAGACCGAUGACAUGGAGAAGCUAAAAGAGCUGCAUAAGUGUGGAGCAGAUCUACAGAUUCAAGAUUCAUAUGGCUGCACUUUACUCCAUCAUGCAGUGGUUAAUGGCAGCAAGGAAAUUGUACAAUUCAUUCUGAAAAAUGCUCCUGCCAGUAUCCUGGAUGUUACAGAGAAAGAAACAGGAGAGACGGCUCUUCACAAAGCUGCGGCGAAGCGCCAGAGGUCCAUCUGUCACUACUUGGUGGAGGCUGGAGCUUCCCUCAUGAGGACAGACCUACAGGGUGACACGCCGAAUGUGCACGCAGAGAGAGCCCAGGAUGAAGAGCUGGCCGAAUACUUGAAGAACCGCCAGCAUUAUCAGAUGAUUCAGAGUAAUGACCAAGAGACAGCCAUAUGA